CAACCCCAGGGUCAAUACAACCCACCCCAACAGCAAUAUACUCAGCCUCAAGAGCGCAAGCAACUGCUCAGUCAACCUCAACAACAAGUCAAUCCUCCGCAGCUGUACGGUCAACCACGACAGCCAUUCGGACAAUCCCAACAACAAUAUCUCCCACGCCGACAACUGCAUAUCAAACCACCACAACAACGCAGCGAAUUUCAACUGGUCAAUGAGAAGGUGCCACCACAAGAACAGUUCAACCAACCUCAGCAACAACUCAUCCAAAUUGAGCAACGAUAUGAUCCAGUUGAGGAUGUCAUCCAGAGUCCACCAACGAGGAAAAACACACAUAGAAAGCCACCACCACCAUAUCAAGAUGGUAACUGA